AAGAUGGUUAAUGGGAUAUUUAUUUUAAUGUGGAAUAUUAACUACUUAAUUAAGAAUAGUUAAUUUUAUUGGAUAGUUUAUGGACUAAGUCUGGUUGUAACAUUUUGAUGGGACCCCAUUAAAGUUUUUUGUUACAGUUGUAAAAUUUGUAAUGUUUGUAUACAUGUAUGUAUGUGCUGCUGCAUGUUGUUGAGAAUCUGGAAUUUUUUAUUAGCAUUUGCUUUGAAUGUUUCUUACACGCCUUUGGUAGGCAGAUUGUUUAAUAUUAUAUGUUAAAAUUUGUUGUAGUUGUUUAUGUGUAUUGGACAAGGAGUGGAGGUCACAUAUCUCACUACUUAUGCAUGUCAAUAUAGUUCAUAUGUAUAUCAUUUGGUUUGUAUUGAAAAAAGCAUCUGAAUUUCCAUUCUUUCUUUGGUUUUGGGGCAAAAUAUUUGGGUUUUUGGAAAGCUUUGGACUUUCUUGGAGAUGGUGUAGGAAAAUCUUGAUCCUUUGUUCUUGUUGUACCUCAUCAAGAUUAUAGGUUCUGGUGAAAUCUUGUUUGCACAAAUUUUAGCAAAAUGGCUGGAAGAUCUUUCAAACCUUCAGAUUCACAGCAGGCUAAGCCUCCGGGUGUGACCUUUGCCAGGAGGACUUCUUCCGGCCGUUAUGUGAACUUAUCUAGGGACUCCCUGGAUAGUGAGAUUAGCGCUCUUGAGUUUGCAAACUACACAGUGCAUAUGCCUCCGACACCUGACAAUCAACCUUUUGAUCCUUCCAUUUCACGACGGGUUGAAGAACAGUACGUGUCGAAUUCCUUGUUUAGUGGUGGUUAUAACAGUGCAACUCGUGCACAUAUGAUGGAUAAGGUGAUUGACUCGGAAACCAAUCAUCCUCAGAUGGCUGGUACUAAAGGAUCAUCUUGCGCUAUACAAGGCUGUGAUGGAAAAGUCAUGAGUGAUGGGAGGGGUGAAGAUAUUCUUCCUUGCGAAUGUGAUUUUAAAAUUUGCCAAGAUUGUUAUGUUGAUGCAGUGAAAACUGGUGAUGGGAUUUGUCCCGGUUGUAAAGAGCCAUACAAGAACACUGAUUUGACUGAAAAUGAUGUUGAUCCCUCUAGACAACAUUUUUCUUUACCUUCAAAUGAUGGGAUGUCUAAAAUGGAUAGGAGGUUAUCAGUGAUGAGAUCAGCUAAUAAGUCAGCCAUCGUAAGGAGCGACUCGGGGUUGAUGAGGAGUCAAACCGGGGAUUUUGAUCACAAUAGAUGGUUAUUUGAGACGAAAGGAACAUAUGGAUAUGGGAAUGCUAUAUGGCCACAGGAUGAGGGAUUUGGAAAUGAUAAGGACAAUGGCAUUGGCGAGCAUUCUGAACUUCUCAACAAGCCGUGGAGGCCACUUACACGUAAGCUGAACAUACCUGCUGCAAUUCUCAGCCCAUACCGGCUUUUGAUCUUAAUUCGUAUUGUUGUACUCGGACUUUUUCUUCAAUGGAGGGUCAGUCAUCCCAACAAUGAUGCUAUAUGGUUGUGGUAUAUGUCCAUAAUCUGUGAGAUUUGGUUUGCAUUUUCGUGGCUACUCGACCAGCUUCCAAAGUUAUGCCCCGUCAAUCGUGCUACUGAUCUUAGUGUAUUAAAAGAAAAGUUUGAAACUCCAUCCCCUGCCAAUCCCACUGGAAAAUCUGAUCUUCCAGGAAUGGAUGUAUUUGUUUCUACAGCAGAUCCAGAGAAAGAGCCACCGCUAGUUACAUCAAAUACAAUACUGUCUAUUCUUGCAACGGAUUACCCUGUGGAAAAACUUUCUUGCUAUGUAUCCGAUGAUGGAGGUGCUCUUUUGACUUUUGAAGCGAUGGCGGAAGCUGCAAGUUUUGCCAACAUUUGGGUCCCUUUUUGUCGUAAACAUGAUAUUGAACCAAGGAAUCCAGAGAGUUACUUCAGCUUGAAGAGAGACCCUUACAAGAACAAAGUACGUCAAGAUUUCGUCAAGGACCGUAGACGUGUUAAGCGUGAAUACGAUGAAUUUAAGGUUCGUAUCAAUGGCCUUCCUGAUUCAAUUCGUCGGCGUUCUGAUGCCUAUAAUGCUCGAGAGGAAAUCAAGGCUUUGAAGCUUCAAAGAGAGAGAGCCGGGGACGAACCUUUGGAACCUAUCAAGAUAACUAAAGCCACUUGGAUGGCAGAUGGAACUCACUGGCCUGGAACAUGGAUGGUAGCUGCUCCCGAGCACUCUAAGGGUGAUCAUGCAGGAAUCAUACAGGUGAUGCUAAAGCCUCCAAGUGACGAAUCGUUGCACGGUGGUACAACUGCUGACGGCAAUAUGAUUGAUUUUACAGAAGUUGAUAUUCGGCUCCCCAUGCUGGUAUAUGUUUCUCGUGAGAAACGUCCUGGUUAUGAUCACAACAAGAAGGCUGGAGCCAUGAACGCAUUGGUCCGAGCAUCAGCUGUCAUGUCCAAUGGCCCUUUUAUUUUAAACCUUGACUGUGACCACUACAUCUACAACUCACAGGCAAUUAGGGAAGGCAUGUGUUUUAUGAUGGACCGAGGUGGGGAUCGUAUUUGUUAUGUCCAGUUUCCUCAGCGGUUUGAGGGGAUUGAUCCUUCUGAUCGCUAUGCAAAUCACAAUACUGUUUUCUUUGAUGUGAAUAUGCGUGCCCUGGACGGCCUUCAAGGUCCAGUUUAUGUGGGGACCGGUUGCCUCUUCCGAAGGAUUGCUCUUUAUGGUUUUGACCCACCACGAGCAAAGGACUACCACCCUGGUUGCUGCAGCUGUUGCUUUGGUCGGCGCAAGAAUAAAGCCAGCGUUGCUGAUGAAAAGAGGGCGCUUAGAAUGGGUGACAUUGAUGAUGAGGAAAUGGAUCUUGCUUUGUUUCCUAAAAGAUUUGGCAACUCUAAUGUCCUCGUUGAAUCAAUCCCAGUGGCCGAAUUCCAAGGUAGACCACUGGCCGAUCACCCUGCUGUAAAGAACGGACGACCUCCUGGUGCACUAACUAUUCCAAGAGAACUUCUUGAUGCUUCCACUGUUGCCGAAGCAAUCAGUGUCAUUUCGUGUUGGUACGAAGACAAAACCGAAUGGGGAAACAGAGUUGGAUGGAUUUAUGGCUCAGUCACUGAAGAUGUGGUAACAGGUUAUAGGAUGCACAAUAGGGGUUGGAGAUCUAUAUAUUGUGUGACGAAAAGAGAUGCAUUCCGCGGCACUGCACCAAUCAAUCUGACUGACAGGCUUCACCAAGUCCUACGAUGGGCUACUGGUUCUGUCGAAAUCUUCUUCUCGCGAAAUAAUGCUUUUUUGGCUAGUCCGAAGAUGAAGAUUUUACAACGGAUCGCCUACCUCAACGUUGGCAUCUACCCGUUCACUUCAAUAUUCCUGAUUGUCUACUGCUUCCUCCCGGCACUCUCACUUUUCUCCGGUCAAUUCAUCGUCCAGAGCCUUAAUAUCACCUUUCUCGUGUAUCUCCUUGUCAUCUCAUUAACUCUCUGCAUGCUUGCUAUUCUUGAGAUCAAGUGGUCUGGCAUUGCUUUGGAAGAAUGGUGGCGUAACGAGCAGUUUUGGUUAAUCGGAGGAACAAGUGCUCAUCUUGCUGCUGUACUUCAGGGGCUGCUAAAAGUGGUUGCUGGCAUUGAGAUUUCAUUCACUCUAACAUCGAAAUCUGCUGGUGAUGAAAACGACGAUGAAUUUGCUGAUCUUUAUAUCAUCAAAUGGACAUCCUUGAUGAUUCCACCUAUUACAAUCAUGAUGGUAAACUUAGUCGCGAUUGCAGUUGGUUUCAGCCGGACAAUAUAUAGCACGAUACCACAAUGGAGCCGUUUGCUAGGUGGCGUUUUCUUCAGCUUUUGGGUGUUGGCGCAUCUCUAUCCUUUCGCGAAAGGACUGAUGGGACGACGAGGAAGAACACCAACGAUUGUUUUCGUUUGGUCCGGACUUAUUGCCAUCACCAUUUCACUCCUUUGGGUUGCAAUCAAUCCCCCUGCAGGUACCACUGAAAUUGGAGGUUCAUUUCAGUUCCCUUAACUUUUAUUACACGAGAACAACAACAAACCCAGACACCGAAAUGUACGCAGACCUUACCCCUACCCUGGGAAGGUAGAGAGACUGUUUCUGAAAGACCCUUGAGUUAACUUUUAUUACACAAUCGAUUCAAAUUAUUCUUUUAGUUCUAUUUUCUUUCUAUUCUUGAUAUGUAAGGAAAGCGAACAAGGGAAUUGAUUUUUUGGUGAAUUUUUCAUCACAUUUGUCCUUGAAGUUUUUAUUGUUGGCUCAAUGUUCAUAAGAAAGAACAGCAAAUACAAUACAUUCUUUGUAAUCAGAACCUCAAAAUUACAAUAGUGAAAUUGAUUCUUUUAA